UAGUAAAUACUAGAUAAUUUGUAGUAGUAGUAAUAAUAAUAAUAAUAAUUACAAUAUCAUAUACUUUCCGUUUGCAGUUGAAAGUGUUGUCAUUGUGCGAACUAUGGAAUCAUAAGUCAGAAGAAGAGCAAGAGGAAGGAGAACAGCAACAAGAACAAGAUCUGCUCUCUUGACUUCUCCCGGUAUUGCGUUCUUUAUAUUCUGUAUUCUGAGCAGUUAUGCUACUUGAAGCCAUGCCUGCUGCGAAGAAGAACCUUGAUCAACGAAUCACCCUUGCAUUCAACAAGUUGCUGAAGGACAUAGGAAAUCAGGUUGAGUUUGAGCUUCCAGAUUCAUUUAAUAAAUCAAAGUCUACAGCCUACACCCUUAUAAAGCGCAAUAUAUAUCUCACUAAGAAGAUUAAAAGGCGCCUUGAGGAUGAUGGCAUAUUCUGCUCCUGCAGUGCAUCACUGGGUUCCUCUCGUGUGUGUGAUAGAGAUUGCCAUUGCGGGAUGCUGCUGUCUAGCUGCUCUUCAGGCUGCAAAUGUGGGAGUUCAUGCAGCAAUAAACCAUUCCAGCACCGGCAGGUGAAGAAGAUGAAAUUAGUGCAGACCGAGAAAUGUGGAUCUGGGAUUGUGGCAGAUGAAGAUAUUAAACAAGGAGAGUUUGUAAUAGAGUAUGUUGGAGAAGUUAUUGAUGAUAAGACCUGUGAGGAAAGGCUUUGGAAAAUGAAACACUGCGGGGAAACAAACUUUUACUUGUGUGAAAUCAAUCGCGAUAUGGUUAUUGAUGCCACAUACAAGGGAAACAAGUCAAGAUAUAUAAACCACAGUUGUUCUCCCAACACUGAAAUGCAGAAAUGGAUAAUUGAUGGUGAGACUAGAAUUGGCAUAUUUGCAACCCGUGACAUAAGAAAGGGCGAGCAUCUGACAUAUGAUUAUCACAGGUUUGUUCAAUUUGGCGCAGAUCAAGAUUGCCAUUGUGGUUCCUCAGGUUGCAGGAAAAAGCUAGGGGUUAAACCGAGCAAGCCUAAGAUGUCUUCAGAUGCUGCCUUAAAACUAGUAGCAUGCCAGGUGGCAGUAUCCUCUCCCAAACUGAAAGCAAUGAUGUCUGGAAAAGAUGUUUAUCAGAAUGGAGAUUUGCACAUAGGGAGUUCGCAACGCGCUUUAAGUAGUCUACCAACAUACUCCUGUAAUUGCAUUGGCGAAGUGGUUAGACUAUCUCGCCGCACUGAUAAGACAUAUUUUGGGAUUAUUAAACGGUAUGAUAAGUAUUCAAGAAAACACUCGAUCAUGUUUGAAGAUGGCACUGUUAAGUUUCUUGACAUGUCAAAAGAAGAUUGGGACUUUGUAACUUCGUGAUUUAAUUCCAGGGUAAUAAUCGUGGACAAAUGUAGUGUGCUUGACUUAACCUGACAAAUUUGCAUAAAUGUUGUAUCAAGGGUUUGGGCCGGUUCUGUGCUCCAAUAAAACAAGAUUUGAUUGCAUAGGUUUACACUUAGCAGAAUGUUGUAUCAAAUGCAUUUUUUGGUUGUUUUUCUUUGAUAAAUAAGGAAUUCUGUAGUAUUAUUAUCUGGUAAAAACAUCUGCUCGUUACUUGUAA